AUGGAGAAGAAAAUCUCCGCAGAAGACCAUCCUAUUCCCAGCGAAGAUGCCAGUUUGGGCGUUGUCGAGCCGUAUCGUGAGACUAAACGUGGUCUCGCGUCGCGCCAUGUGCAAUUGAUGGCUAUCGGAGGGUCCAUUGGAACGGGCCUCUUCGUCGGUAUCGGGUCUUACCUUCGGGAUGCCGGUCCACUGUCGCUGUUCCUGGGAUAUCUGGUUUGGGGAGUGCUCUUCAUUCUGCCGACUAAUCUGAGCGUUGGAGAGAUGUGUGCAUAUCUGCCUAUUCGAGGAUCCAUUUUCGAAUUGGCUGCUCGGUUUGUUGAUCCUGCAUUUGGUUUUGCAAUGUAA